GCAGUGCUCCGCUCCGCCAGUUUGGAUUCUCGUUUCUCUCGGGAUUUUCGGACGAUUUCUGGCCUUUUUCUUCCCUUUGCCCGUCCACCGUCAUAUUCCUCCUUGGCGAGGGCCUGUGAUCAUGUCUGACUUUCUUGAAAGUGAAGCUGAGGAAUCUGAGGAAGAGUACAAUGAAGAAGGAACAGUGGUACAGAAGAAAUCUAAAAAAUUCAUGGACGAUGAUGAUGAAGAGGAAGAAGAGGAGGAUGAAAAUGCAGAUGACCAGGAUGAGCAGGGAAAUUUGAAGGAUUUCAUUAAUGAUGAUGACGAUGAUGAGGAGGAAGAGGAGGAGGAGGAGGAUGAUGACGACGAUGGAGCCAGUGAAGGUUCUGGAGGUUCAGACUCUAUCACAAAAAAAAGAAAGCGUAAAGCUUAUGAUGACAGGCUGGAAGAUGAUGAUUUUGACCUAAUUGAGGAAAACCUGGGUGUCAAAGUCAAAAGGAAAAAAUUCCGGCGUGUGAAAGUAUCCGAUGAUGAAGAUGAUGAAGAAGAAGAAACUGCGAAGAAAGGACAUGAGAAAGAGGCUAUUGCUGAUGAACUUUUUCCAGAAUUUGAAGGUGAAGAGGGAGAGCAGCUUGAAGCACCGGUGGUAGCUCCUGAGGAAGAUGAGGAAGAAGAGGAAGAGGAAUCGGAUAUUGAUGACUUCAUUGUUGAUGAUGAUGGACAACCAAUCAAAAAACCAAAAUGGAAGAGGAAGUUCCCAGGUUACACAGAUGCUGCUCUUCAAGAAGCUCAGGAGAUCUUCGGAGUAGAUUUUGAUUAUGACGAGUUUGAAAAAUACAAUGAGUAUGAUGAGGAACUUGAGGAUGAAUAUGAGUUUGAAGAUGAAGAAUUGGGAGAAGGUGAAACCAGAGUUCGUCCAAAAAAAACCACCAAAAAACGUGUCAGCCGCCGUAGUAUCUUUGAGAUUUAUGAGCCUAGUGAGCUGGAAAGCAGUCACCUCACGGACCAGGACAAUGAAAUCAGAGUUACAGAUAUGCCAGAAAGAUUCCAGCUUCGUGGCAUUCCGGUCAAACCUGCUGAAGACGACGAGCUAGAGGAAGAGGCUGACUGGAUUUAUAGAAACGGCUUUUCAACGCCGACCAUUUCUUUGCAGGAAAGCUCAGAGUAUCUCGAACGUGGCCAGGGUGUCAGCAACUUUAGCCGCAAAGGCCCUGCUACUAUCCAGAAGAUAAAAGAAGCACUCAAUUUUAUGAGGAACCAGCAUUUUGAGGUGCCUUUCAUUGCAUUCUACAGAAAGGAGUAUGUAGAGCCAGAACUGAACAUCAAUGACUUGUGGAAGGUCUGGCAAUGGGAUGAAAAGUGGACGCAGCUGAGAACGCGAAAGGAAAACCUUACACGACUGUUCCAGAAGAUGCAAGCAUACCAAUAUGAACAAAUCUCUGCUGAUCCAGACAAACCCCUGGCUGAUGGAGUUAGGGCACUUGACACAGCAGACAUUGAAAGAUUGAAAGACGUACAGUCAACCGAUGAGUUGCGAGAUGUCUAUAAUCAUUUCCUGCUGUAUUAUGGUCGUGAUAUUCCAAAAAUGCAAAAUGCCUCAAAGCCAAGGAAAAAGAAAUACAAAAAAAACCAGCAGGGUGGAGAAGAUGAAGAGGAAGGAGAGAGGGAUGAAGAGGUUGAAGAUGAUGAACAUCGUGGGCCAGAGCUUAAGCAGGCUUCUCGCAGAGACAUGUAUACAAUCUGCCAGACUGCUGGUCUAGAUGGUCUUGCAAAGAAAUUUGGUUUGACCCCUGAACAGUUUGGUGAGAACCUGAGAGACAGUUACCAGCGACAUGAAACUGAACAGUUUCCUGCUGAGCCACUGGAACUCGCGAAAGAUUAUGUCUGCAGUCAAUUUCCAACACCUGAGGCUGUUCUGGAAGGGUCGCGAUACAUGGUGGCCAUGCAGAUUGCCCGAGAACCAUUGGUCAAGCAAGUUGUACGACAGACCUUCCAAGAAAGAGCCAAGAUUAAUAUUAAACCCACAAAAAAAGGCAAAAAGGAUAUUGAUGAAGCCCAUUUUGCUUAUUCAUUCAAAUAUGUAAAGAACAAGCCAGUUAAGGAAUUGAGGGAUGAUCAGUUCCUCAAAAUGUGCCUUGCUGAGGAUGAUGGCUUACUAACAAUUGACAUCUGUAUUGAUAUGAAAGGAGUUGAGGGUUAUGGAAAUGACCAGACUUAUUUUGACGAAAUCAAGCAAUUUUAUUACCGUGAUGAAUUCAGCCAUCAAGUGCAAGAGUGGAACAGACAACGCAGCAUGGCAAUUGAACGUGCACUAAACCAGUUCCUCUACCCCCAGAUGGGUAAGGAACUGAAAAAUAAGCUGCUAAUUGAGACAAGGGACUAUCUUUGCAAGUGUUGUAGCCGCAAACUUUACAACUGGCUGAAAGUUGCGCCAUAUCGACCUGACCAGCAGAAUGAAGAAGAUGAUGAUGACUUCAUGGAAGAAAAUCAGGGUAAAGGAGUUCGAGUGCUUGGUUUGGCAUUUUCAGGAGAAAGGGAUACACCAGCCUUCUGUUCUCUUGUUAAUGGAGAGGGUGAAGUGACAGAUUUCCUUCGUCUGCCUUAUUUUUUGAAGCGAAGGAAUGCAUGGCGAGAGGAAGAAAGAGAGAAAAAGGCACAUGAUAUUGAAACUUUGAAAAAGUUUCUUCUAAAUAAGAAGCCCCAUGUUGUGGCUGUGGGUGGAGAAAAUAGGGAUGCACUUAUGGUUGUAGAGGACAUAAAACGAAUAGUGCACGAAUUAGAACAGGAGCAUCAGAUGUCCCCUAUUGGAGUGCAGCUGGUGGACAACGAACUAGCUCUUCUGUACAUGAAUAGUAAAAAGUCAGAGAAUGACUUUAGGGAUUAUCCACCAUUGCUACGUCAGGCGGUGUCAUUGGCUCGUCGGGUGCAGGAUCCACUUGUGGAAUUUGCUCAAGUUUGCAGCUCAGAUGAGGACAUUGUCUGCCUCAAAUUCCAUCCAUUGCAGGAACAAGUAAUAAAAGAAGAAUUAUUGAAUGCACUUUACUGUGAGUUCAUAAAUCGAGUGAACGAAGUUGGUGUUGAUGUAAACAGAGCAAUAACUCAUCCACAUACUCAGGCAUUGGUUCAGUAUGUCUGUGGUCUGGGACCUCGUAAAGGAUCACACCUACAGAAGAUCCUCAAACAGAAUAACACUCGCCUGGAAAACAGGACCCAGCUAGUUACGAUGUGCCAUAUGGGCCCAAAAGUCUUCAUCAAUUGCGCAGGAUUUAUUAAAAUAGAUACUGCCUCAUUAGGGGACAGUACUGAUUCCUACAUUGAGGUCCUCGAUGGCUCAAGAGUUCACCCUGAAACUUACGAAUGGGCCAGAAAGAUGGCUGUGGAUGCACUUGAAUAUGAUGAGUCAGCAGAGGAUGCCAACCCAGCAGGAGCGCUGGAAGAAAUUUUGGAAAAUCCUGAGCGACUAAAGGAUCUUGACCUUGACGCAUUUGCAGAAGAACUGGAGAGGCAGGGCUACGGUAACAAAGGUAUCACACUGUAUGAUAUUCGAGCUGAGCUGAGCUGCAGGUACAAGGAUUUACGAGUUCCAUGUCGUGCAGCAAACUCAGAAGAAAUUUUCAAUAUGUUGACAAAAGAAACUCCAGAAACAUUUUAUAUUGGUAAGUUGAUUACAUGCGUUGUGACAGGGAUUGCUCACAGGAGGCCUCAGGGUGAAAGUUAUGAUCAAGCUAUAAGGAAUGAUGAAACUGGACUCUGGCAGUGUCCUUUCUGCCAACAAGACAACUUUCCAGAACUUAGUGAGGUUUGGAAUCAUUUUGACAGUGGUGCUUGUCCUGGUCAAGCUAUAGGUGUGAAAACAAGGCUAGACAACAAUGUUACAGGUUUCAUUCCAACAAAAUUCCUCAGUGACAAAAAUGUGAAACACCCUGAAGAACGGGUCAAGAUUGGUAUGACUGUGCAUUGCAGAAUAAUGAAGAUAGAUAUUGAAAAAUUUAGUGUGGACCUUACCUGUCGAACGUCUGAUCUAAUGGACAAGAACAAUGAAUGGAAAUUGCCCAAAGACACGUAUUAUGACUUUGAUUCUGAGGCAGCAGACCAAAAGGUAGAUGAUGAUGCAAAGAAGAAACAGCAGCGCACGACAUAUAUCAAGCGAGUAAUAGUGCACCCUUCAUUCCACAAUAUCAACUUCAAGCAGGCUGAGAAAAUGAUGGAAACCAUGGACCAAGGAGAUGUUAUCAUCAGACCUAGCAGCAAAGGAGCAAACCACCUCACUGUAACCUGGAAAGUGACUGAUGGGAUCUAUCAACAUAUAGAUGUAAGAGAAGAAGGCAAAGAGAAUGCCUUUAGCUUGGGACAGUCUCUUUUGAUCAACAAUGAGGAGUUUGAAGAUCUUGAUGAAAUCACUGCUCGCUAUGUGCAACCAAUGGCAUCUUUUGCUCGUGACCUGCUGUAUCACAAAUAUUACCAGGAUUGCAGUGGUGGAGACCGUAAGAAAAUGGAAGAGCUGCUAUCAAAAUCCAAAAGAGAAAAGCCCUCUUUCAUUCCCUAUUUUAUUUCAGCAUCAAAGGAAUUACCUGGAAAAUUUUUGUUAGGCUACCAACCUCGAGCUAAACCAAGGGUGGAGUAUGUUACAGUAACACCAGAAGGAUACCGCUACAGAGGACAAGUUUUCCCAACUGUGAAUGGACUGUUUAGAUGGUUUAAGGAUCACUUCCAAGAUCCUGUGCCAGGUAUUACUCCUUCAAGUACGAGCAGAUCCAGCAGAACACCUGCCUCUAUGGAUGCAACACCAGCUAAUAUUAAUUUGGCAGAUCUUACACGAGCAGUUAAUGCUCUCCCACAGAACAUGACAACGCAAAUGUUCAAUGCCAUAGCAGCUGUUACUGGACAGGGUCAGAAUCCAAACGCUACUCCAGCACAGUGGGGAUCCAGCCAAUAUGGCUACGGAGGAAGCAGUGCCUAUCAUGUUUUUGCAACUCCUGCACAGCAGCCAGUAGCAACACCAUUGAUGACUCCAAGCUAUUCAUACACAACACCCAGUCAACCAAUGACAACACCGCAGUACCAUGGCAAUGCUACACCUCAAGCUUCUGUCAUACCACCAUCUACAACACGACAAAGAUCGCAGCCAAAGACUUCAACUGCUCACACUGCCGUAGACUGGGGUAAGAUAGCAGAACAGUGGCUACAGGAAAAAGAACAGGAAAGACGAAAACAGAAAGCAAAGAUGACUCCUCGACCUUCACCUAGUCCCAUGAUUGAAGGCACCCCAAUGUCCAUCGCAGGUGAUGCCACCCCAUUGCUGGAUGAAAUGGAUCGGUAGAGGACAAAAUGAACAGCGUUUGAACAUUAAUACCACUUUACUGGUCUGCUAUUUUCAGUGUUUCCCUAAACCAAACACAACUUUUCUCAGCUACAUGUCGGCUAUUUUCAGAAUGUCUGUGACACUCAGUAUUGUCCAUACAACAAGAAGCAUGUUUUCAGAAGCCUAAGGAAAAUCACUGGAAUACUGGAACGAAUAGGCUUACGUACUAUGCCAAAUGGCUGAACCAGCAAGUACACAUCUGUACUCUGCUGGGAUUUGCACAUCUGCAAAAAAAAAAUGUCAGUUUACAGUCAGCCUAAUUUUAAUUUCUACAGAGCACUCAAAUUUCAGAACAUUUGUAACCGUUAAGUAAUGGAUAACUCUAUAAAGCAUACUGGUUAUCACCUGCUUGACAAAUACAAAUGUUUCAUAUACUGUUAUGGUGUACAUAAAUGGGCAUAUGCAAAAUUGUUUUGUUUUAUUAUGCUUGUGAAACUCAAACAACAAACCUAUCCCCAGCAUGUUCUGGUGGGAGAAGAUAGUUUAAAUUGUACUUGAUUUAAAAAGAUUUUUUUCCCUUUAAAUAAAAGAGCAUUUAGUUUUGAA